CACCAGUCCCUUGGGCGCACCACAACCGGUGGCGUGUGGGGCUCGUGUGACGCUCCUGGACAGGUCGCUGCCGUUAUCGGUCCUGGCGGUGAAGACAUGUCCUCGGUCCGCUCCCGAAAUAUGCGCAGUGUCGACUCCACCAAGCUGGCCUUGGAGCUCUUGGUCGAGCAGGCAACCGCGCGUGCUUCGGGUUUGCUGGAGCAGCACAAGCUCUCGCUGCCCACCAGCAGCACAACCCAAGUCACGCUGGAAAAUUUGCUUUCACGGCACGCAGCGGUCAGCACCAUCACCUUUGAGCUCGACACGGCAGUUGUCCGGGGCUCGUUUUCCAACAUCCCUGUUUGGCACGCGCUCAUGGACGACAUGGGCCUUGCUUUGGGCCUGAUCCAGGCGAACAAAGGCCUCUUCGCGCCCGCACCUGGACUUCUACAAGCUACGCGCAUGCCUGCAGUUGCUAAGGCGCCUCCCGGCUUGCGGACGGGUGUCCCCGCCAGCCAAGCUGAGGCUGUGGCUUACAGCAAGGCGACUUGGAAUUUCCGGCCAAGCACCAUGUACGUGGACGUGCACGUGAAGUCUCUGGCCUUCGUGCUCUGCGAUGACAAGCCAAAGUCGUACGGAGCGCCAGAUGUCCUGACGGCGGCAAUGGAGAGGCUGGCCCUGCAGUACGCAACGGAGAAGAGGUUUUGCGACCAUGCGCCGGAGCAGUCGGGCUGCCUGUCGCUGCUGUUGUCGGCCCAGUUCCUGAACAACUCGACCGGGCGCUGGGAGCACUUGCUGGAGCCGUGGCCGGCGGAGCUGCACCUCAGUGAUCCCAUCAACCCCGUCUUCAAGUCAAGCCGUACCAAGUAUGUCUUCGCUUCAUCCAGCGAGCUGCUGAAGCUCAACUUCCACCCCUCGUGCCUGCUGACCCUUGGGGACACGCUGGCGUUCGUACGCCGCCUGUCAAUGCGGCGGGAAGAAGCAGCUGCGGACAAUGCACGAGGGCGCAGCGAUGUAGCGACACCGGAUGCCGAGAAGCCGCCCUCAUCCCGCGAGCAGAUGGCCCUCACAGGCUCCAUCAUGUCUCGAGUUCCGCAAAGGUACCUCAUCCAAAACAUGACGGGCAUUAUGAUGUCCUACUGGGCGCCGUCAGCCGGCGACCACGCACACGCAUUGCCCAGCGCGGUUGCCAACAAGAAGCUGUUGCCGCCGGGCUGCAGCGAGGAGCUGCAGGUGACGCCCACGGCCAAGGAGGUUAAGAUAGUGGGGCCUGGCGGCGUAGUGAUUACGAGACUGCAAGCCCAGGUCAUUGUGCUGAAAUUCGAGGGCAGCUGGAUGCCUAUACCAGAUGUGUGCGUCGACGUGGUAGGCAAGUACUGCUACGACCUGCACUCGCCGCAUGACGACCGCCGGGCACCGGUUGUGGUGGACGUCGUGCUGGUGGGCCGUACCAAGAUCCUCAAGAUACAC